GUCCUUCUUUCACUUCCGGCCAUCUCUCCCUCACCGGUGCCUUUCUCUGCUUGCUUCACGUGUGGAUUCAAAUAGUAUUUUCCAACUAAUAUUUUGCCAACAUUGUUCGGACCAAAUGUCGUCGUCUUUUGAGCAGAUGAAGGCGAACGUGGGCAAACUCCUACGAGGAAUCGAUCGGUACAACCCAGAAAACCUUGCCACAUUGGAGCGCUACGUGGAAACACAAGCCAGAGAAAAUGCAUACGACCUGGAGGCCAACUUGGCCGUGCUGAAGCUCUACCAGUUCAACCCUGCCUACUUCCAGACCAACGUGACCUCUCAGAUCCUGCUGAAGGCGCUCACCAACCUGCCACACACCGACUUCACCCUCUGCAAGUGCAUGAUUGACCAGACACACCAAGAGGAGCACCCCAUCAGGCAGAUCCUCUACCUGGGCAACCUGCUGGAGACCUGCCACUUCCAGAGCUUCUGGACGAGUCUUGAGAAGAACAGGGAGCUCAUCGACGGAAUUAUGGGUUUCGAAGACUCGGUCCGCAAGUUCAUCUGUCACGUGGUGGGCAUCACCUACCAGACCAUAGAGCGCCGCCUGCUGGCCGAGAUGCUGGGAGACCCGUUAGACACGCAGGUGAAGGUGUGGAUGAACAAGUACAGCUGGACGGAGAGUGAGGACGGACAGAUCUUCGUCUUCAACCAGGAGGAGAGCGUCAAGCCCAAGAACAUCGUGGAGAAGAUUGACUUUGAGAGCGUGUCCAGCAUCAUGGCAACAUCACAGUGACACACACACACACACACAAAUGAAACCACCUUUUCACAAUAAAAGUAAAUUAUCAUUUCCA